AUGUCUUCGUUUAAUUAGAAGUAACAAAAGAAACUUAAUGAACAUAAGGAAUUAGCAUAAAAAUAGAAAGAUGCAAAUGAACGUUUUCAAGAGGGUAAGAAGAUAAUGAUGAAAGAGAAUAAGACAGCAAAUGAUUUUGAUAGAGCAAUUCAAUUAUUUUCGGAGGCAAUUACAUUGUUAUAAGUAAUUAAAAUAUAAUAAGUUAUAUAAGAACUCUAAUUAAACAGAGCCAUAAUAUGCUAAAUUUUAUGCAGCGAGAGGAAAUGCUUAUAUGCAAACUGGUUAAUAUUAGAGAGCACUUUUUGAUUUUUCAACAGCUGUUAGAUUUGAAGAGAAUAAUGCAGAACAUUAUGGGGCAAGAGGAAAUUGUUUUUUAUAAUUAGGAGAAGUGAAUGAUGCUUUAAAAGAAUAUGAUAAAGCAAUUUAAAUAAAAUCAACAGACGGUUUCUUAUUUUUAAAUAGAGCACUUGUAUAUGCUAGAUUAGAUAAUUAUAAAAAAGCAAUAGAAGAUUAUUAAUAAGCAUUAAAGUAUUUGAAAGAUUCAAAUGCAUAAUUUAAAGCACAUUUCCAUAUGGGAAAUUGUUAUAGAUAAAUUAAAAGUUAUGAUUAAUCAAUAGAACAUUUACAAAAGGCAUGUGAUAUAAAGAAAGAUGAAGCACCAGCUCAUAAUAAUUUAGGAUUAUCUUAUUUUGAGAAUUAAUAAUAUGAAUUAGCAUUAGAGAGAUUUACUAGAGCAAUUGA